UAUUUUUAGCAAGCACUAAUUUCAAGCAUAAGGAGAGACAUCGUUUAGCAUGGCGACCCCCUGCACCAAACCAACGAUGGACUCAAAUAGACCAUAUCGCCAUCAGUCAUCGUUGGAGAGGCUCGGUAGAAGACUGCCGCUCGUCCUGGAGUACAUGUCUAGGCUCUGAUCAUGCUUUAAUACGGGUACGCAUUUGCUAGCGCCUCUCUGGAUGCAGAAAAGCCACAUUAAGAAGACUCGUUAGAGUUGAACUCAGCGACAAGAAGGCCAAAAGUAGAUUCCAGGAACAACUGAGGUCAUACUUAGGCUGUCCUGAAAACAAGGCUGACUCAGAUGUGUCUUGGAAAGAUAUACAAACAGCUGUAGAGACAGCAGUGACACCUAUUAGUGAUUUAAAUCAAAGGGUAACGAAAAACCAAUGGAUUUCUACUAAGUCUAUUGCACUGAUAGGUUCUCGUAAACUCAUCCUAUUUGACUUCGAACACGAUAACUAGCGAAAACAACUCAGAUCUAGGUUGACAAAAAGUCUAAGGAACGAUCGUGAGCAGUGGUGGGCAACGAAAGGAAAAGAGAAGGAAAAGCCAAUGGUUGUAGGUAACACCAGACACCUUUUCAGACUAAUAAAAGAAGCUGGAAUUAAGAAGUCAAGUGUAAGUGAAGGCUCUUUACUCGAACACUACUAGUCGAGUCAGAGCUUAUGGCGAACUGUCAUCUACUUUUGCAACCUCAAGUGGUGUCCGUCAAGGCUGUCCACUUUCCCCGUUUUUGUUUAACUUCAUCAUAGAUCUACUGAUGGAAAUAACUUUCUCGUCGACUGAAUUCUCGGGUAUUGAUCUCCAUCCAGGAGGUCCACUUAUCGACUUAGAAUACACUGAUGACAUAGUCCCUGUUUGGUGAAGACGCUGAUGGAAUGCAGAGUCUUUUGGUAGCACUAAGCAACAAUGCCAGAAUGUUUGGAAUGCGUUUCUCCCUCUCUAAAUGCAAGUUUUUGCUUCAGAACUUGCCUGCGUCAACACCUGAACUAAGGAUAGGGAGUGAAUCAGUCGGACGCAUCGACAACUUCGCUUAUCUUGGAAGUCUGAUCAGCUCUAACGAGUUAGUGUCUGACGAAAUCUCAACACGGAUUCAAAAAGCUCGUUCGGCUUUUGCCAACUUACGUCACCUAUGGCGAACACGAGAUAUCUUUCUAUCAAUUAAGGGACGAGUAUACUGCUCAGCAGUUCGUUCUGUUCUAAUUUACGGCUUCGAAACGUGGCCAUUAAGGGUAGAAGAUACUCGUAAGCUCCUAGUAUUUGACCACAAAUGUCUUAGAAAUAUUACUCGCACCUGCUGGGAUCACCGGGUAAGUAAUAGUGAGGUUAGACACAGGGUAUCAAUGAAUGAUGGUAAACCAAUUGAUGAGGUUGUAAAUCUUCACCAGCUGAGAUGGUUGGGCCACGUGUUAUGUAUGCAUGAACACCGAUUACCACGACGCGCAAUGCUGACUAGUGUUAGGGAUGGCUGGAAGGAAGUUUGGGGCGGCCAAACCAAAAAGUGGCAUCGGCCUAUAGAGUCACUAACUUCUGGUCUGAGCCAUGUUGGUAGAUACAGACUACUUGGUUGGGGUCCACGCGACUAUCGCAACCAACGGUUGAAGACUCUUGAUGACACGGCUCAGAAUCGAUCACAAUGGCGUAGGUGUCUACAUUCUUUGUCUUCCCUUAAACCAUGAGAUUAAAAUUGCUUUAUGCCUUUAUUUCUAUGAACUAAUUCUUUCUCCCUGUAUCAUAUUCUUAUAUGAAAUCUUUCCUUUAUAUUUUACUACCAUUGAAGUAAUUGCUUCUAUGAAUUUGGUGUUCAUCUUGUCGUGCUAAUGAGGUAUGGCAACUUGGACCGACGCAUAUAUGUGCCUGUUCGUACAUUGUAGCUGACUAACUGACUGGGUGAUUACGAUUUUCUCAGAUCACUUUAAAUUGAAAAUUCUAUAACUAGCAAGAAGAACUGGAAUUGAAAAUCGACAUUAUUGCUAAAAUAUCAUCGUACAUAUGAAUAAUAGUAGAAUUAUCAUUUUUUGCAUCCAUUUUAUGUGGGGUCACCAGUACCAAUACGUGACAUCCGUCCAGAAAUUUAUUUAAUAUUGAUCUGCACCACUUUGAUACAUACAGACUAUCUGAUUGGGAUUCGAGGGUUUACCGCAGUUAGUGAUUCGAGAUGCUAAACAAAAUAAUUCAGAAAUGGUCACAGUGAUGCAGACUCAUUUAAUCUAUUUUACUCUAAAUAUUUAGUCCCAAUAUUCCUUUAUACGUAUAUUUUCAUCGUAUGUUUUCAAACCAUAUUUCUCAUUAUCAUAGGUACUACAUUGUUUUGAUUCCUUCAUUAUUAUUCAUUUUGUCGUGCUAAUAAGAUCUAACAACUUGAACUAACGCAUUAUCUGUAUCAGAUGUUAUUUUGAUUAUGAUUGACUGAAGGACAGUUUGAGUAAGAUAUCAUAUAAGUUGAACUAAAACAGUAACCAAAUAAAAGUAUAGUAUACUGAGCAAUUCAGAGGAAAUUUGUGGUUUAGUAUUAGGUCAAGUAUUUUUUUGCUUACUAUUAUGUACAUUCGGAUGCAUGUAAACCAAUAAACUAAGAAUUUUUACACUUAUUAGUUGUUGUGGAUUUUUAUUUUAUUUUAAGUGGUCUUCCUUUUCCACUAAACCAAGUUGGCUUGAAUUGGAAUCCUAUUUUUAGUUGAGUACUGUAAGGAGAUUUAAUUCGAUGUACCAGAUAUAACUUUUCCUUUGACUUGUGAAACAAAAAUGAUCAAUAGAAGGUGAAAACAUUGAAAAAAAGAGAAGUUGGAUUGACGUUUUAUCACAGCAUAAAUCAGUAUCAGUUGUUAGUGCGUUUUGAAUGUCAUAAAGCUAGAAUUUUGUGCAUUUUUGUAGGUACUGGACUGAAGUUUUCUGUAUAGAUGGGAUACUUAGGUGAGUAAUUGGUCACUUAGUUACGUUGGAUUAUUAUUACAAUACCCAAUAUAUUUCAGAACAUAGCAUGAAAUUAUGAUACACUUAUGCAUAAAAUAUUCAACACAAAAAUAAAUAUAUUUAGAAGUCAUUUGAAGCGUAAUUAAUUCGAAGAUAUAUGUUUAAUAGGUCACUUACUAGCUAAUGACUUUAAGACCCAACUAUCGGAUUUAAUUCCUAUCAACUAUAUCAUAGUGGAAUAGGUAUUACAGCUUUUAUGGCAAGAAGAUGAAGUUCUCUUAAUUUUAGCUCUUUAAUUCAAUACUUUAUGUAAAUCUAUAAGCAAAUCGUAAGUUGUGUACAUAUUUCAUUGUACAAUGUAACCAUUUUUUCACUUGUUUACAAAUGAUAAUUGACUUAAUCAUAACUACUUUGUUUAUUUUCUUCUGUGUAGUGCGUGCUGGGUCAACUCAUUUCAUACUAUUGAUUUUGUACAGAUCAUAUACUCUGUAUAAUAGACAACUUUUUGAUUCGAUGUAGAAAAAUUUAAAGUACUCUAGAUUUAAUUCAGUUUGAAAUUGUUAGAAUUAUCCCAUCGUUAAUAUUUUUGGCUGAAAUUUGAUCAGUUUUUGGUUGGCAUAUGAGCACUCUGUGAUGACCGCCUUGAUAUAGUCAUUCUGACAAAAGUUGAUGCACAAAUGAGUGGCUAUUUGGACUCAGUUGCUAAGUGGAUAACGCGAUGAAAUUUGAAGUAAAUGAUACUGAAUUAGAGUCCUGGAACGAACAUCAACUCCGGGAUGUACGUUUAUCUAGCUGACGAGUUCUAAAUAGGACGAAGUGCGUGUCCUGGAUAUCGCUGCUAGCCGCAUUCCAUCUAAUGUUUUGUAUAUUAUUUAAUUGCUUGUAGUUGUUCAGUGAAUUCAGAAACUUCUUGAGAUUUAAGUAAGUUUUAUUUAUUUACAUUUUAAAUUAGUGAGUGUUUUAGUUAUAAGGAGUUUGUGUAGUCUCAUAGUUUACAAUUGGUGCAAUUUGGAACGGUUUAAUUUGUCUUAUGCUUCAUUAUCAUACUGAUUUUGAAUUUUUAAUGGUAUAUAGUUUCCAAUUUCGUUACUGAUUUAUAUUGUUUGUUUCAGUUUCUAUUAGAUUUGAUUUAUUCACUAUUCAUAUAUCAUCAGAUUUAAUAACCAAGUGUUAUUAUUUAAUUAUCUUAAUUUUAAAUACGAAACAUCAAUCCAUUACAUUGUAUGAGGAUCUGUCUGUUACCAAGAUUGUAAUUCAACUCAUUGGUUUAAAAGUGAUAUGUUCUACUUAAGAUAUAAGCAUCCUGGGUUCCAUCGCUAAUAUAAUUGUGGGUACUUAAUGCUAAUGAAACGUAAUUUAGAAUCAAACAAUUAUCUAAUAGUAGGGGCGGCCAGACCAAUACAUGGCACAAAUCUAUGAAGUCACUGACAAGUGGACUGAGCCAUAUUGGUAGGUGUAGGCUACCUGGUUGGGAUCCGUGAGACGAUAGCAACCGAUGGUUAGAGACCUUGAAUGACGUGGCUCGAAAUCGUUUGCAAUGGCACAGAUGUGUCAACUCUUUGUGUUCUCCCAAAAUCUGAGUCCUUUUCCUCUCUUUCCAAAUUUAUUUAACUGGAUUAUACUCCUUCAAUAGUAUCUUUAAACCCCGACCUUUCUGCUUAUAUUUUUACUACCUCUACCACUAUGGGAUUUUAAUCGACAACUGUAUCUAUGUGUUAAUGUGGUAUGGCAACUUGAACUGAUGUACGUACGUACAAAGUUCUACGUUGUUACUGACUGAAUGACUUUUAUUUUUAAACGUAGUUCAAUUGACAAAAACGUGUGAUAAGAAUUAUCUUGGAGAGCUUUUGAUAAGUGAAUGAAAAAAUUAUAAAUACUUGAAAGUAAAUCAUUACAAUCAGUCAUUCAUUCAUAUUCUCAUUUUAUCUUUUGUUUUCGCACCAGAUGGUAUUGUGAUUAAAUUCCGUGAUAUUUAUUUAAUACACGCACAUAUAUACUUGAUUGUGCAUACUAUAAUACUAGAACAUUACACAUAAUUAAAUUGUAGCAAAUGUUAAAUUGUCAAAAUCCUACUUGGUUGAUUUUAUUUUACAGUGUAUAGAUACAUUCUGUUUACAUAAAGGUCUAAGAUUUGGCUUUCUACACGAUUCAUACAAAUAACUAGUCAUUAUUAAUUGAGAUUAUUAAAAGAUCCUUUAAACAUUUUUUUAAAUACUUUAGCGAACAAUGAAAUAAUAAGAAAUACUUAAGGUUUAUUCACCUGUGCAAUAAUUGUAGUCACGAACAAAUACUUUCAUUUUUUUUAUUACAUGACUAAAUACAAUUAAGGACAAGAAUCAAAAUUAAAUAAAGCUUCUGAGUAUAGGGAUGAUUAUUAGUUAUCUUACAGAAUCUUUCAGUAUGGUGAACAUACAGUUAAAUAAAUUUAACCUUCCAUAAUGUGUAGUUCUAGUAGAUAACGCCUUAGUUAUUAUUAAAUGUAUACUUUGUUUAAACUCUACUGAGAUUAUUUGAAAUUAACAUGGUAGAGUUCAGUAGAUAUAUAAAUAAACAAGUAGAUAAUGAUCCAAUCAUUAUGAAUUUCAGUGUCAACAUUCAGUGUAAGAAACAUUUUUAUAUUUAAAUUGAAGAAGAUAAUACUAGCAGUGACCGAUUAGAAACAAACAGCGCACACAUGGCAUAAUUUAGUACAAUAGACCAAAUGGAUACUUACUUUUUUAUCCUCAUUUUAAAACUCUACAGAUAGACUCCUUUCUAGUUUUCAAUUAAUCUUUCUUUUAAUAAAGUUAAUGUAAUCAAUUUACAAUUUUAAUUGAAGUAAAAUAACUAUGUUACUCAAACAUUUGAAUUUACACAAAUAAACACAGUGCUGAGUUUGUCCUCAAUGAUUUCAAUCUUCAGUAAUUCGUACCGCACAAUUUCAGUCAUACAUAUUUUUUUGUUCAUUUAUUAAGUAAAUAUUGCAUAAUAAAAAGCAAUUUUGGUUAGAAAUUCCAUUUCAAUCCUCAACUUUAAUAAUAUUUAUGUUUUUCGUUCGUGAUGCUGAGCUACACUAUACUGACAUGUUUAUAGUAGGCAGUUAAGAAUAAAUCAAUACAAUUGAAAUGAAAUCCUUGAUAAAACUUACCCUCUAAGUGAAGUACUUAUCCACCAAAUGACUGAAAGUACUUACUUACUUACUUACGCCUGUUACUCCCAAUGGAGCAUAGGUCGCCGACCAGCAUUUUCCAACCCACUCUGUUCUGGGCCUUCUUUUCUAGUUCCAUCCAAUUCUUGUUCACUUUUCUCAUGUCUAUUUCCAUUUCUCGGCGUAAUGUGUUCUUUGGUCUUCCUCUUUUCCUUUGGCCUUGAGGAUUCCAUGUGAGGGCUUGUCUUGUGACGCAGUUCGGUGCUUUCCUCAAUGUGUGUCCUAUCCACUUCCAGCGCUUCUUCCUGAUUUCUUCCUCCGCUGGGAUCUGGUUUGUUCUCUCCCACAGUUGGU